AAAAGAGUUGAGGGAGAAGUUUCCACAAUUUCCUUCGCUAAAGUGUUUGAUUCAGUAUGUUUCUGGUAGUGGAAUUAGUCAAUGAUAAGGGCAAAAAGGAGUGGAAGCUAGCACCCAAACGAUGGGUGUGCACAACGAAGAAUACCCGGCGAACGGUUCUGUUGUGGCCACAUGAAAUGUUAGCUGAACGGCAAAUGCACCUGGUCAAAGAGGGAAUAUGCAAACCGAUGAAAAGUUGGAGUCGGCAGGAAUGUAUCGUGAGGCAAGAGUGUUCGACUUACGAUGGGGCAAAUGCUGCAUUGAAAGUUGCUGCACUGCUACGGCCACGUCCAAAAGCGAAAGUUACAAUUCCAAUGGUCAGCGCUGUUGCGAUGGUACAGAGCGGGCAGACUUUACAGCAAGAUAAUGAAGAUCCACUGAAUAUAGAUGAUCUCAAUGAGGUUCCAGCUGAACCAUCUGCCGAAACGCAGUUGCAUACGGAUCGGAACUUAUCAACGAUGGUCUCUAUCAAAUCGAUGGUGCAAUCCUUAAUGGCAAAACUUGAAAAGUUCGAGAAGCUAAACGCUAUGUACGAAAAAGUAGCUAUGCGAAAUCAUCAAAACCUAGUAAAUCUGUUCAAGGCAGUUGGUACAACACCACGUGAAAGAAUUGAUGGAAAUUAUGUCUCUAAUUUUUUCAAAUUAAAACUUAAAACCGGCAAGGAACGGCUCCUGCGACAUCAGAAGCGUUCGGUAAGCGGCAAAGGAACUAAUCCGAUAUGUAAUAAUGAGCAACAAGUAGGACUCGAUGGUAUAGCGAUAACUUCUGCUGACUCAUCGAAUGCUAUUGAUCGCCAAUCGAUGGAAUCUUUCGAUGAUGAGUCACAAUUGUUUUGAAGUACAAGAUUUACACUGACACAUGCAUAACUGUUUGAUAUUGCUUUUGAUAUUUCUGCUACUGUAGAUCCUAUGCCGAAGAAUAUAUAGAUAUAGAUAACUUUAAAAAAUACUGCCAAUACCAAUGGGUUGCGGAGUAUACCCUUCGUUCCGUUCUUCCUUUUCUUCUUAGCUAGAGUAUUCGCAACAUCCGAACUACAACUGGUUUGGCGGUAGAGCAAGAACCGCAGUACUAAUGAGUUGAAAUAGCCGAAUAUGAAAUAUCCGAAAUAAAUAAUACAAUCGAGAAGCAAAGCAAUAUGUCCCUGUGAAUUCGUUGUUGAAUGUUUUCCAAAACGGCUCCCUUCUCAUGCAU